CACUCAAUUGGUGGUUCGGCGGUUGGAGGUAACGCAGCUUCUGAGUCAGUGGCUGUAGUGUUAAAUAUUGUAGUCCAGAUGAACCGGAUUCGGAUCCACGUGCUGCCUUCCAGCAGGGGUCGAGCUUCGCAGGCCGCGCGCGCCCACGAGCCCCAGUCGUGCGCGUUCACGCAAAGAGCGUGCACUCAGCCUCGCGUAGACGGCUGGGACUUCUGCAUCCGGCACAUCCUGGAGGACAAGAACGCGCCAUACAGGCAGUGCAGCUAUGUCUCCAGUAAGAACGGCAAGCGCUGUCCCAGUGCUGCACCAAAACCAGAUAAGAAGGAAGGAGUUGCAUUUUGUGCUGAACAUGCACACAGGAAUGCUUUGGCUCUGCAGGCACAGAUGCGCAAGGCCUCCUGUGGACCAUCCCCUGAGGUCCUGCUGUCUCAGCUCAGUGGCUACAACAGGACGGAGUUGGGAGCUCUCAGCCAAGACGGCCGCAGUGAAGCGAGCCGCAUUCUAGAUGAAGACAGCUGGAGUGAAGACGAGCAGGAUCCGGUGGUGCUCGAUCAGACGUGGAGAGGAGAUCCUGACAGUGAAGCGGACAGCGUAGACAGCGAACACGAAGACCCUCUCAGGCAUGCCGGGGUGUACACUGCUGAAGAAGUUGCUCUGAUCACACGUGAAAAGCUCAUCAGACUCCAGUCACUCUAUAUAGACCAGUUCAAGCGUCUGCAGCACUUGCUGAAGGAAAAAAAGAGACGCUAUUUGCAUAGCCGCAAGAUUGAACAUGACACAAUAGGCAGCAGUCUUUUAACAGGGCCUGAGGGUCUAUCCAUGAAAGAGAGGGAAAAUCUGAGGAAGCUGAAGGCAUUACGUCGCUACCGGAGGCGUUAUGGAGUGGAGGCUCUGCUACACAGGCAGCUCAGGGAACGCCGACAGGCUGUUACUGAGGGAGGAACACCACAGGCUCACUCGGUACGCCCCAGCCAGAGGUGCAUUUCUUUUGUGGAGGGGACCCGGUGUUCGAAUCCCUGUCUACCGAUGACCCGACACUGCGUGUCUCAUAUUUACCAAGACAGUAGCCAGGUGUUGUUUAAGAUGUGCCCAGGCCUAAAGGAUGUGCCCUGUGACAGGCCAGUGCAUAUGGGCCAGUCAGAAGAGCCACGAUGCCCACUGCAUCUUUCUCUGCCUCCCCCCAUGUACCAGCCUGAGCAGGAGCCACUGGCACCAGAGCAGCUUUCAUUAGCACCGACAGACAUGUACCUGAGUGCUGCUGAGCUUCAGCCCACAGAGAGCCUGCCAUUUGAGUUCAGCGAUGAUCUGGAUGUGGUAGGUGAUGAGGAGAUGCAGUGCCCUCCAUCACCACUGCUCUUUGACACUGCCCUGGCUCUGGAAGACCAGACCAUCCGUGCCAUUGCUGAGGCUCCUAUGGACAUUCUGACCUCAGGACAGGACCCUGAGCUGUCCGAGACAGAUGACAUGUCUGCAGCAGACCAGGUAAAUGUUACAGGCUGUGUCGGAGGUAUCUGAAGCAGCAGGAGAUGAGGAUGCCACACAGGAUUUAUCAAAGGAUAAUAUAACAGUUGCCACGUCCUGAGCACCUUGCGCACUGAGCGAGUUCCCUCAGCUGUCUACACUUUUUUUUUUUUUUUCUUUUACUGAACCUUCUGAACUGAUGUCUCUUCAAAAACCCAUAUUUAACAAAGCCAACUUUUUGCGAAGGAAACGUCGCAUCCUAUUUAUAGAAAAUGUUCUUCUGAAGUACAGUAUAUUCCAAACGUUUAUUGCUUGGAGAAUGAGCGCUAAUGCAUUCCUUGUCCACAAGUGUCACUUUCUUUGGAAAUAAAACAAAGUUUGCUGCCCUGUUCUGGAA